GCUCCCGGCCGGCCGGUGGCUCUUCCCCUGCCCGAGGGAGAGGCAACUGCAAGCGGCGGGGCUGAGGCGGGGGCGACGCCUUUGCUGGGAGAGGGGGCCCAUGGCUUCUACCACCGGCCUGCUGAAGAGAGUCGCCAGGGAGGGUUGGGCAGUGCUGGUGGCUCGAACUGGCCUCCGGGGCAUUCAUCGUGUCAGCUCUCUACAAACCGAUGCACCCCCUGCCACACCUAUAGCAAGCAAAAGCUAUCUCCAUGGGGUGACAGAAAUUCCACUUCUUUCGAAAACUCUGGAUCAGUGCCUGGAGGAGACAACUCACCGGUGUCCUGAGCGAGAAGCCUUGGUGUUCCCUCUAGAAGGGAUUCGGAAGACGUUUGCGCAGUUCAGACAAGAUGUUGAACAGGCAGCACAAGGACUUCUGGCCCUUGGUUUGAAAAAGGGUGACCGGCUGGGAAUGUGGGGUCCCAACAAGUACGAAUGGGUCCUAAUGCAAUUUGCCACGGCGCAAGCAGGAAUCAUCCUGGUGUCUGUGAACCCAGCAUAUCAAUCCCAAGAGCUGGAGUUUGUGGUGAGAAAGGUUGGCUGCAAAGCACUGGUGUUCCCUACACAGUUCAAAUCACAGAAGUACUAUGAGAUCUUGAAGCAAGUGUGCCCUGAGCUGGAACAAUCUAAUCCGGGAGCAUUACAGAGCAAAAAUUUACCAGAGCUUUCUGUUGUAAUCACCUUGGACUCCAAGUUGCCUGGUGCAUUCUUAAUGAACGAUGUGAUGCAGGCUGGAGACAGCAGCCACAAGAAGCAACUAGAGGAAAUACAGAAGACGCUGGACUGCAAAGAACCUGUCAACAUCCAGUUCACUUCAGGAACAACAGGAAGCCCCAAAGGAGCUACCCUUUCUCACCACAACAUUGUGAACAAUGCAUUCCUCAUUGGAUUAAGACUGGGAGUUCAAGAUGGGAAUGCCCGCUGCUGCCUCCCUGUCCCUCUCUACCACUGCCUGGGGUCUGUGGCAGGCUGCGUGGUGAUGGCUAUUCAUGGCGUCUGUCUUGUCUUCCCGUCUCUAAGCUUUGAUGCAAAAGCAGCACUGAAGGCCCUGGACCAUGAAAAAUGUACCCAUGUUCUCGGCACUCCAACCAUGUUCAUAGAUAUGCUAGCUCAGCCUGACUUUGCCAGCUACAACCUUUCAGCUCUUCGGGGCGGAGUCAUUGCAGGUUCGACAGUUCCUCCUGAGGUCAUGAAGAAGAUCAUCAACAACAUGAACAUGCGGGAGAUAGUGGUUGCAUAUGGAACUACAGAGAAUAGCCCUGUCACCUUCAUGGGGUUCCCUCAAGACAACACUGCCCAGAAAACAGAGACUGUGGGAUGUAUUCUCCCACAUACAGAGGCAAAAAUUGAGAAUCCUGAGACAGGGGAAAUUAUCCCACUCAACAGCCCAGGAGAACUUCAGGUCCGUGGUUACUGCGUCAUGCUAGGGUACUGGGCAGACCCCAACAAAACCAAAGAAGUGAUGGAUGAUGAGAAAUGGUACAAGACCGGGGACAUCGCUAUUCUUGAUGAGUACGGCUACUGCAAGAUAGUAGGCCGCUGCAAAGACAUGAUCAUCCGAGGAGGAGAGAACAUAUACCCAGCAGAGCUCGAGCAAUUCCUACAUACCCAUCCUAAGAUUCAAGAGGUGCAGGUAGUUGGUGUGAAAGACGAGCGAAUGGGAGAGGAGAUCUGUGCCACCAUCAGAGUAAAAGCUGGAGAAGAGUGCACAGUAGAAGAAGUCAAGGCGUUUUGCAAAGGGAAGAUCGCUCACUUCAAGAUCCCUCGGUACGUAGUGUUUGUGAAGAAUUUCCCGCUCACCGUCUCGGGCAAGAUUCAGAAAUACAAACUGAGGGAGCGAAUGGAGAAGCAUCUUCAGCUUUGAACCCAACAACCCAACACAACCCAAAAUUAACAUUUCUUCUGCCAACUUUUAUACAGUACUUCAGCUUUCUAAGCCGUUAAGAGAGCUGGCAACCCCCAGCCUGCCUUAAGAUAGCAAUCACCAGCCUGCCUUAAGAUGCUUUAGUCAGGCCUACUUAAAAUAACACGGUGUUUUUUUCUAAUAAAUAAAAAAUCUGUUUCUUUGGCAGAGACAA